AUGAUCUUCCUGCUAUUUUUCGGCUUCGCCAUCAUAACUACGAGCUUAGCCUCGCCAGUAUCCCAACCUCUUCCCACGGCCAUCAUUGAUUCCGGUGCAAUUGUCGGCACAACCACAUCCCUCCCCUCCUCUACCGCCGUCGUCAGACAAUACCUUGGAGUUCCAUUUGGUGCACCACCUGUCCGCUUCAGCCCUCCAGAACCAGUUGCAAGCUGGUCGACGGUCUAUAAUGCGACACGAUGGGGACCAGCCUGCAUCCAACAAAUCGGUCAAGGCACCAAAGAGUUCUUUGGCAUGUUAGACCUACCCCCUCCGGCAAACGGAGAGAGCGAAGACUGCCUGAAUCUCAAUGUCUUCACCCCAGAAUCUGCCUCGGCAGGAUCCAAGGCUGUUCUUGUUUGGUUCUACGGAGGGUCUUACAUGAAUGGUGCUACGUCUGUCAAUCUAUAUGACGGCACCAGCUUCGCUGCCAACCAAGAUGUCGUGGUAGUCACCGUCAAUUAUCGCACCAACUUCUUUGGAUUCCCUGGUGGCAACGUUCCUGCCACGGAGCGAAACCUUGGCUUCCUGGAUCAACGACUUGCCCUAGAUUGGGUGCAGCGCAACAUCGCCGGACUCGGCGGUGAUCCGUCAAAGAUAACCAUCUUUGGUGAGAGCGCCGGGGGUGGCAGUGUCGAUGCUCUGAUCACGGCUCCCCCAGACCCAGUUCCAUUCCGUGCAGCAAUUAUGCAGUCCGGCCAGAGCUCGAUCAGCAUGACUUUGGAUGGCGGCUCUGAGAAAUACACAGAGUCGUGGAAGAAGCUGGCGGGAUUUGCCAACUGUCCUUUGGAUAAUGCUCUCGAAUGUCUCCGGAAGGCGCCAGCUCUCGAGCUCAAACAGUUCGCUGAGAACGCUAGUCUUUCUUUUGGCCCCGUGCCAGAUGGCGGCAUUACAUUGUCCGCAACACCUCGCCUAGAUCGCCUCCACUCAUCAGAGGGAAAUUCUUCCAUCGCUCGCGUCCCUAUUCUCAUCGGGAACAAUGCCGACGAACCAAAACCUUAUAUCCGGGGGGUUAACGACACGAAGGCUUACCUCGAGACACUAGAUCUAGGUGAAUAUGCUGAGAUGAUUUUGCAAGCGUAUCCGUUGGGCGAACCAGGAGCGCAAACUGAGAACGACCGACUCUCUCUCAUUGGUACCGAUCUGUUUAUGCAUUGUCCAGCUAAAGUCUUUGCCGAAGACAGCGCCAAAGCGGGUAUUCUAUCCUAUAGGUACCUUUUCAAUGCUAGCUUCCCAAACAAUGAAGCUUUCCCAGGAAGUGGUGCGUUUCAUGCUGCUGAAAUUGCUUUCGUGUUCGGUACGUAUCCGCAGGAAAAUGCCACUCAGUUUGAGCAUGACGUAAGCCAGGCCAUGCAGAAGGCCUGGGCGGACUUUGCGAAGGAUCCAAGCCAAGGCCCAGGAUGGGAGGAGGGGCCCAUGAUUGGCGUCUUUGGCGAUGGAGUGAAAGCUGGGAUGAGUGACGAAGGAAAGAAAGCGUUGACCGCAGUGGGCUCCGCGGCCAUGGACAGAAGGUGCGAGCUUUAUAAACCUUUAUAUGAUCAGCUGGCACUUUCUGGUUCUUCAUAG